AUGUACAUCACCCCCGGACAAUACUUUCAAGCAUAUCGAGAUCUAAAGCGAACUUCAUUAUCUCAUUCCACCUGUAAACUAGUUAUUUUCGUGUCUUGCUUGGACGUUGAUUCGCUAUGUGCCGCCAAAAUUUUCAGCAUGCUACUCAAGAAGGAGCUUAUUCAGUAUCAAUUACUACCGGUUGUUGGAUACAAGGACCUAAAGAGUCACUAUUCAAAGUUGGACUCCGAUGUGACGAAUAUUGUAUUGAUUGGGUGUGGUGCAAUGUUAGAUAUAGAAAGCUUUUUUGACAUUGAGCCAGAGGAAUUUUUAGACACAGAGACGGAAGUGGGAGAUAGAGGUGACUUGGAUUUGGAUUUGGAUUUGGAUUUGCAAAAAGGGAAAAACCCCCAUUUUAAGAGGAAAAUUUAUAUCAUUGAUGGAAAAAGGCCGUGGAACUUGGAUAAUUUAUUUGGCUCGGAUAUAGUGGUUUGUUUAGAUGACGGGUUUGUGGAUGGAAAUUUACUAGCCGAAAAGAAGGCCUAUGAGGCAUUAGUUGUGGCGGAGCAAGAGGAAGGCUCAGGCUCAGGAUCAGAUUCAGAUUCAGAUUCAGAUUCAAGGCCAGAGUCAGAGUUUGAUUCAGAAGACGGUGGUGAUACAGAUGUUGAUUUUCCUUCAGAUAAUGAGUUUAUAAUAAAUUCACAAGACUCAGAGGAUACUGUAUCCCGAAAGAGAAAAUUACAAGAACGACAUUCAAAACAGGUAAAGAAACAACGUCAUCAGCGCAAAUUGCAAAACGAGGAAAUCAUCCUGUCAUAUUACAACCAAGGCUCAACUAUAGGGACAGCUAAUAGCAUUACAGUUUACGCUUUACUCACCGCCAUAGGAGAAACCAAUUUGGAAAGUUUAUGGAUUGCAAUUAUAGGAACAUCGUCAUUAGAUAGCCAAUAUCCCGAAAUUUAUGAUAAAUUGCAACCACUACUCAAAGAAGAGGUUAUGAGAUUAAACCCACAGCACGAAUCCACUAAGAAAAGGGCCGAUCAAACAAUGCUAAGAAUCGAAAGAGACUAUCACUUAUUUCUUCUACGACAUUGGACCUUGUACGAUUCAUUCUUUUACUCUAGUCAUGUUAAUUCCAAGCUAAAUCUAUGGACAGAUGAAGGUAAGAAACGAUUGCAUAAACUAUUUGCCAAAAUGGGUGUAUCUCUAGCAGUUGCUCAACAAAAAUGGCUUUAUAUGGACACCAAGGUUAAAAGACAGCUACCAAUCAUUUUUCGCAGGUAUUUACCAAUAUAUGGCCUCGAAGGUAUAGUUCGAGAAGGAUUCGUCAAGACGUAUGGAUAUACGGGGCUGCUUUCAGCAAUGGAAUGUGUUGAGGCACUAAGUGCAUUAUUGGAGCUUGACGAGAAGUUUAUUCAGGACUCGUUGAAGCUUAAUGAAGAGGAUAGUAGACUAAUUGAUAAUGAAGAGGAAAGAAUACGUAGAAGAAUGGAGAGAAAAGAGUCAUCUUGGCUUAAGAACUUUUGGUCCACAUGGGAUGCAUUGAACAUAAACAAGUCUUUGAGUAGUAGCAGCACAACUCCUUCGUCACUUGCGAAAUUGAAAGGAAGUGAUUUACUAUUUCGGGGGUUGGAGUAUGCAAAAAAUUUACAACAAAUUACAUUUCGUACGGGGAUGUCUCUUCUUGAAAGGAAGAUGAUCAAGAACUUGAAGUUGUAUCGGUUGUGUGUUUUGAAUGAUGGUGCUGUUCCCGACUUGGAGAUCUUUAUCAAUCCACUUAUGUUGUCAAAGUUAGGGUCAUGGUUGAUUGAGAACUUGGCUGAAUUGGAUUUCAUCAACGGGAACCACUCGUUGAAACCAUUGGUGGUGGCCAGUUUGGAUGCAAACAGUGACACUUAUCUUGUCAUUGGAAUGGCUCCACGGUACCCUCGAGGAAUGACCGCUUCAGAAAAGGCCAAAUUACUCCAAGAGCAAGGUAAUAACAAAAUCACCGCUGAAUCAAUGACCACGAGAUUGAACACAUUUAGUGUUGCUUUUCAGCAAUUAUCGCAAACUUCGGGUGCCAAAGUCAGAGUAGACAGUUUUGAUAACUCGGUAAUUGAAAUUAGAAAAGAUGAUUUGGCUCCGUUUUUGGAAAAGUUGACCUUAAGUGGUUUGAUAUAG